CUCUUCCUCAUCUAAGCCGGGUUCAACUCGCAUUCAAAGAAAGUCAUUUAGCAACAGAAGCAAACGCUAACUUACUGUUCUAUACUUGUACUGAAAAUGGGAGAUCCUGUGGCUGGUUACACGUCCCGACUUCAACAGCAGGAGCUGGAGAUCCAUUCCCUGACUGCAGAGCUCGAGAGCCUGAAGAACCCACAGGGCCUGGGCUUGUCCUCACACCUGGAUGGGCUGAGAGAGGAGAAUGCCAAGCUCAAAUACCGCCUCAAUGUCCUCAAAAGGAGUCUGCAGGAGGAGAGGAGCCAGUGCAGUAAAACCAUGAUGAACAUCAACCAGCGCCUGCAGGAGAUCUUUGGGGAGGCCAUCCGGGAGGCCUUCCCCGACCUGGAGAACCCUCCCCUGGCCGUCACCCCCAACCAGCAGGCCAAGUUUGGGGACUACCAGUGUAACAGCGCUAUGGCCAUGGCCCAGAUGAUGAAAUCAAAGGGCCUGAAAGUUAACCCCAGGCAGAUCGCUGAGAAUAUUCAGCAGAACAUUCCUGACAAUGAGCUCAUUGAGAAGACAGAAAUUGCUGGACCAGGGUUCAUCAAUGUUCACCUUAAGAGAUCGUUUGUGUCCAAACUGCUGACCAAUCUGCUACUCAACGGUGUCCAACCUCCUCGCUUAGAGAGCAAGAAGAAGGUGGUUGUGGACUUCUCAUCUCCUAACAUCGCCAAGGAGAUGCACGUAGGUCACCUGCGCUCCACAAUCAUUGGGGACAGCAUGUGUCGUCUCUUUGAGUUCCUGGGCUACGACGUCUUGAGGCUGAAUCACGUAGGGGACUGGGGCACCCAGUUUGGGAUGCUCAUCGCUCACCUGCAAGACAAGUUCCCAAACUACCUGACCGUAUCCCCUCCUAUCGGAGACCUGCAGGCCUUCUACAAAGAGUCUAAGAAGCGUUUUGACGAGGAGGAGGACUUUAAGAAGAGGGCCUACCAGUGUGUGGUCAAGCUGCAGAGCAAAGACCCAGCUUUCAUCAAAGGAUGGAACCUCAUCUGUGACGUUUCCAGGAAGGAAUUCCAGAAGGUCUACAACUGUCUGGACAUCCAGAUCAUCGAGAGAGGAGAGUCCUUCUACCAGGAGAAGAUGACCGCCGUGGUCAAAGAGUUUGAGGCCAAAGGCCUGGUGGAGAUGGAUGAGGGCCGUAAGAUAGUGUUUGCCCCGGGCCAGCAGAUCCCCCUGACGGUGGUGAAGUCUGACGGUGGCUACACCUACGACACAUCAGACCUGGCCGCCCUGCGCCAGCGGCUCUUUGACGAGAAGGCAGACAUCAUCAUCUACGUGACGGACAGCGGCCAGGGCACCCACUUCCAGGUAGUGUUUGCAGCGGCUCAGAUGAUUGGCUGGUACGACCCCAAUGUGACACGAGUGGAGCACGCUGGUUUCGGAGUGGUGCUGGGAGAGGACAAAAAGAAGUUUAAGACUCGCUCCGGGGAUACGGUGAGGCUGAUGGACCUGCUGGACGAAGGCCUGAAGAGGUCCAUGGAAAAACUCAAGGAGAAGGACAGGGACAAGGUUCUGAGCACGGAGGAUCUGACCAAGGCCCAGCGCUCGGUGGCGUUCGGCUGCAUUAAGUAUGCCGACCUGUCUCAUAACCGCAUCAACGACUACGUGUUCUCCUUCGACAAGAUGCUAGACGACCGGGGCAACACGGCCGCCUACCUCCUCUACGCCUUCACCCGCAUCAGGUCCAUAGCCCGGUUGGCUAACAUCGACGAGGCAGCGCUCCGUAAAGCAGCAGAGACCACGGAGGUGCUCUUGGAGCACGACAAGGAGUGGAAGUUGGGCAAGUGUCUCCUGCGCUUCCCUGAGAUCCUGCAGAAGAUCCUGGAUGACCUGCUGCUCCACACGCUGUGUGACUACCUGUAUGAGCUGGCCACGACCUUCACAGAGUUCUACGACAGCUGUUACUGUAUCGAGAAGGACCGCCAGACAGGUGAGGUGGUAAAGGUAAACAUGUGGAGGAUGCUCCUGUGUGAUGCCACUGCCGCCAUCAUGGCCAAAGGCUUCGAUAUCCUGGGCAUCAACCCUGUCUCCAGGAUGUGACCUCAUCAUCGUGACAUCACAAUGCCCUCGUCCCAUCUCCUCGGACGACAGAAAAAAAGAGCCACUUCAAACCAUUAACGUCACCUGGGAUCUUACUGUAUACCAAAUAAAAUAAAAAUUACUGCUUGUAAAAAAAAAAAAAAA